AUGGCUGGAUUCUCCGCUCUUGGGCUUCUCUUCCUAUGUCAGCUAUUAGCCACAACAUCAGCUCAGAGAGUAGGACCACAAGGCCCUCCUGGACCACAAGGACCCCCGGGACCAUCUGGCAAGGACGGCAUAGAUGGGCCAAAGGGUGCACCAGGGAAGCCUGGAGCAGCUGGUGAAGCCGGAUUGCCUGGCCUUCCUGGAGUGGAUGGUUUAACAGGAACCGAUGGCCCACCUGGCCCCAGUGGGCCUCCAGGAGACCGUGGUGCAUUAGGACCUGCCGGGCCACCUGGACCAGCUGGCAAAGGACUACCAGGACCUCCAGGGCCUCCAGGACCCAGCGGGCUCCCAGGUGGAAACGGAUUUCGGGGUCCUCCUGGACCUUUUGGUCUGCCAGGAUUCCCAGGGCCUCCUGGACCACCCGGACCUCCCGGUCUUCCAGGCGCCCUUCCUGAUGGCGGUGGGGACCUUCAGGGACACACUGGUCACAAAGGAGAACCUGGUGAAAUAGGAAAAGAAGGAGAAAAGGGCAACCCUGGCCCUCCCGGUCCUCCGGGCAUUCCCGGCAGUGUUGGCCUGCAGGGCCCAAGAGGACUAAGAGGUCUCCCUGGUCCAAUGGGUCCGGCAGGCGAGAGAGGUGACAUCGGUUUCAGAGGGCCACCUGGAAUCCCAGGACCUCCAGGGAAAGCUGGAGACCAAGGAAACAAAGGACCUCAAGGAUUCAGGGGGCCCAAAGGCGAUACUGGUAGACCUGGACCAAAAGGAAACCCAGGGGCUCGUGGACUCAUAGGAGAACCUGGCAUGCCUGGCAAGGAUGGACGGGAUGGAGCUCCUGGACUCGAUGGUGAGAAGGGUGAUGCAGCUCGCGUGGGUGCUCCUGGAGAGAAGGGGCCAAACGGACUGCCUGGACUGCCUGGAAGAGCAGGUAUUAAAGGCUCAAAGGGUGAACCAGGCAGUCCUGGAGAGAUGGGAGAGGCGGGUCCCUCUGGAGAGCCAGGCAUCCCUGGCGAUGUUGGUAUUCCUGGUGAGAGAGGUCUGCCGGGACCCAGAGGAGCAACUGGCCCACUUGGUCUUCAAGGCCCGAUGGGAGCCCCCGGUGUCAGAGGUUUCCAGGGUCCCAAAGGUGCCAGUGGGGAGCCUGGCCUUCCUGGUCCAACUGGAAUUCGUGGGGAGUUAGGUGACAGGGGUCCUACUGGUGUUCCUGGUCCCAAAGGUAACCAGGGCAUUGCUGGAGCAGACGGCCUCCCAGGUGACAAAGGAGAACUGGGUCCCUUUGGUCCCCCCGGCCAAAAAGGAGAGCCAGGAAAAAGAGGAGAGCUUGGUCCAAAAGGUGUCCAAGGACCUAACGGGACAGCUGGAGUACCAGGGAUCCCAGGACAUCCAGGGCCCAUGGGCCAUCAGGGGGAGCAAGGCGUUCCCGGCAUCACGGGAAAACCUGGGCCUCCUGGCAAAGAGGCCAGUGAACAACAUAUAAGAGAAGUCUGUGGGGAAAUGAUAAAUGAUCAAAUUGCACAGUUAGCUGCUAAUCUGAGAAAGCCGUUGUCUCCUGGAAUGACGGGUCGUCCUGGCCCAGCUGGUCCCCCAGGUCCUCCUGGAGCUACGGGAAGUGUUGGGCAUCCUGGUCCUCGUGGUCCCCCUGGAUACAGAGGACCAACAGGAGAACUUGGUGAUCCUGGUCCCAGAGGUGACACUGGCGAAAAGGGAGAUAAAGGACCUGUUGGCCAAGGUAUUGAUGGGCCUGAUGGCGAUCAAGGACUUCAAGGACCACCUGGUGUACCUGGAAUUACUAAAAAUGGUCGUGAUGGUGCUCAGGGUGAACCCGGUCUUCCAGGGGAUCCUGGUACUUCUGGUGCUAUUGGGGCUCAGGGAACUCCAGGAAUAUGUGACACGUCGGCUUGCAUGGGAGCUGUUGGAGCAUCAACUUCCAAAAAAUCAUAAAAACAACAGUACAAGAAGUGGAGAAGUGACUGAAUAUUUAAAUAAAGAGUGCAUUGUAAGAAAACAGACAGAAUCCUUCUAGUGAUAAAUGGACAGAUGUUCCUUCUAUUAUAUUAAGUGGAGACUUUGACACAGUUCUAUGAAAAAGAAAGCAUCAGAUGAAAACUUUAGUUAAAAGAUGCUUUAUGAGUAUUUUCUCCUCCCCCCAGUUAUUUUCCAGAAUUUUUACUGCUAAACAACCUCACCUCUCCUUUCUCCCUUUGUUCAAGAGACCUGCAAGAGGAAGCAUUGUUCCUUUUUACCGUCACCCCCUGAACUGUGUACUAAAGAUCACAACUUUUCUGUAUAAACGUUUAAGCCUUGUCAAUUGAAUUCCUCAGUGCUGCUCCCACUGACUUCAGUUAGUGCCCAAACCUGCAUAAGAUACACAUUCUCGGGGUAUUCAGGCACCUAACUGCUAUUUACAUCGGUGGAAACUAGGCAUAUCCCAUAUUUUAAUGUCUUAAGAUUCUGGCCUAAGUAAAGACUGUAGCUUAUGUAUAUGCAGUGAAUUACCAAUUUUCAGAUUGCACCUCAAAUAUUUGCCAAAACUAGUAAAUAGUAACCCUCUUGCAAUCAAAUUCUGCAAAAGGUGUAAUGUAUAUAUUUUAAUUUACAGGGGAGAAUUUUUGUAUAUUUCCAUAUGAUAAUAAAGGAAAUUAAGUAACAGCAUUUUCACGACCUCUACUUAAGCUAUUUGCACAGUAAUUGUGAAUGAAACCCCAAAUAAGAAAGGAUGCUCUUUCUAAGUCCAGACAAACACACCUGUAUGAACUGUUGUAAAAAUAAAAGGAGAUU